CUAUUUUACAACCCAUUUUCCUUCUUCCUAGUUUCUAGCCGGCGGCCUUGACAAUAGAGCUGCUCUCGCUCCCUUUUUUUUCUCGGCGGUAUAAGCUUUGCCGCCGUUCCCCCAUCUUCCACUUCUCACCUCCAUGGCUUCAACUCCUACCUCCGGCUUCACCUCCCACCUUCACAAUUCACCAAUUCCACCAUCAAUAUUCAAUUCAACCAUCUCCUCCAAAAAAAAUGAUUCACUUUCCAGAUCUAAUAUUUUAUCGAGCAAUUAGAAGAUUAGAGAUAUGUAACAAAGAGUAAGAAUCGAGGGGGCACAAAUUAAAGGUGAAUCGAGGGGACAAAAGAACAAAGGAAGAGAAGCUGUUACAGAGAUGAAUCCAGAUUUGGAGGUGAUUUUUUUUUUUUUCUGGGAUUCAAUGAGUAAGAGAUGUAGGUUUGAAAGAAAAAGAUUGCAACUUUGUCAUAAAUAAAAUUUAUAGAUAUGUGUAUAUAAAUUUUUUUGUGGAAUCUGAUGAUGGUGUUGACUUUGAAAUGUGAAGAGGGGUAUUCGAACAUAAUAGGUUGUCUCAAGCGACAAUACCAGAUAUGGACACAAUGCUGCAACAGGAAACUAUGAAGAUCUGAUGGCUGCUGGAAUCAUUGAUCACAAAAAAGGAAUGUGUAGAAAAUUUUGUACUGAUUUCGGUUGAAUCGGGCACCGAACCGAAAAUCCGAUUGCUUAAUCAGUCGGUUCGGUUUGGCGAGACAUAAUCUUCGGUUCAGUUUUGAGUGGUGAAGUGAAAUGAAAAAGAUCGAUUAACCUGAAUCGAAUUUAGCCGAACCGAGUCAAACCGACCGAAUUAGCAGCCCUAACUAAAUCAAAGUACAAAAGCUUCCACAUGAUUACUGUAACGCCCCAUCUGCCAGGUCUGUCCCAAUAACUAUUUGGGUGAUUAUCCUCGCUAGACCCAAAAUGGUUAAACCAAGUUAAUUAGUAGACCUAGCUUCUGACUUAUAUACUGAUCAUCCUUCCCUUCUUUGGCCGGUGUGGGACAAGGGACCAGCUAGCUUGACAUGCUAGCUUGGUCGGGGAUUCACAAUUACAACAGACAGGAUCGAAAGCCGGGGAAGAACAAAGUCAGUGAGUCUGCUUUCCAUACUUGUACUCUAUUUCUUUCCUACCUAAAACUAAGCUAACUCUAACUUCUACUAUCUUAACUCUUGUUGUCUUUUUCUUCUUCUGCUGCUGAUUUAGAUAGAGGUUGAGGGGGAGGGGGGGGGAGAGUAAUCUUUCUUAGCCGAGUUGAUGUCCUUUUUACCCGAUGGGUUUAAGCAAAAGAGAGGAGACCCAUACUUCUUCACCUUCCCCCUUUAUCUCUAAUCAUCUUUAGAUUUGAUUACUCUAAUUCAGCUUUAAGGCACAUCAACCUCUUCCCUUAUCAACGGCAUCACUUUAUCCACUUACCCUCCUUGCUUAACCUUGAAGGUUUGCUUGAAUUUGGCCUUCAACAGCUUCAAUUCCCGCUGAAUUCGACCUCAGCCUUGACCUUGCACUUCAGUCCAAUCAACCGUUUUUAAUCGUGCCUAGAACUUCACCAAUUUUCCAUAUUUUUACGAAUUUUACAAUUAAAUUCCCGAAUCACCAAAAGUCACCAAAUUAACCUAUAAACAUAAAAUCCUAACCUAAUGACCUAAAACCUAAGUACAAAGAGACAAAUUAUGUGUCUAAGAACAUGCAUAGAUUGACACUCAUCAACUCUCCUAAACUUGAAGAGUUACUUGUCCUCAAGAAAACACAACAUCUACCCCCUCAUACUGAUUCUAACGUGAGAAUGUAAAAAAAGAAACAGUCAAAAAUUUGUCUAAGAAACAGGGCUCAUCUGAGACAGGUUAUGUACACUAAAGUUCAAAACCACAUGAGCAAAACAGAAUCUUACUUCCCAGUGUGUGUGUGACAAAACACAGAACAAAGUGUUGAUUUUCCCUCUUAACUUAAGUUCAAUUCAGCACAAGUGGACAUUCCUGGAUCUGUACCUAUUUCCAUCGGGUCUGCAACUAGGGUAUUAUAAUUGGAAUUGAGACUAAGGGCUUCCUCUCUGUUGCUAGCACAUUGGCUGCAUCUUUCACCCUCAUGCCCCUCUCCAUCAUUUGUCCAAGUUGGCUUUUCUUCUGGAUCUUUCCCACUCAGGCCUAUACCAAGUACAUUUUUUCAGCACUUUUAUGGUAUUCUAAGCAUCUAUAUUUUUCAUCUCACUAACCUGAGGACACUCAUUUCUUUAGAUUCCAUGUCUUACCUCAAAGGUUUAUAAUGCCAUAUUGGAGACUCUGCCUAUACUCUCUCAAUUAGCUAAACACUUAACCUCAGUUUUAACCGCCAACUCCGAUUUUUCCCAGGUAUUUUAGACUUUUCCAAACCAUAUAGGCUUGAAUCAAGGCUGCCAUAGUGCGUAGGGCUGCCUUAAUCUAUUUCCAGGAUCACAGUCCCCCCAAGUUUAACAGACAAGUGAGCUAGCACAGAUCACAACAAUACAGGAAAAGUUUCAAAGUUUUUUGAAUUUUAGUCCAGAACAACACUUUUUCAAGUGAACUGUGUGCAUAAGGAAGUGGAAGUAAGGUUCGAACUUGGUCGGUUGGUUUUUAAACAAGUGUUCAACCAAAUGUGAGCCUUAAUUCUGUUUUUAUCCUUGACAUUUGACUAUCUACUUAACAUGCAUUCUCAAUUUAACCUAAACAGAAAAGGCCUAACUGACUCGAUCGCAUAAAAAAAAACAAAACAAAGAAAAACGGAGAAAAUAGGGGAAAAUAGAGACCUAAUUGAGCCCAAAAAUAGGACACAUAUACGCACAGACCUAAAAACAGAGACCUAAAGAUAAAUUUCACUCACCCACCAAACUUAAAAUGCAGCAUGUCUCCAAUGUUGAUAACAAAAAUAGAGAAGAGAUGAAAAGAAUGGAACAAACAGAAUAUUAAAAAAAAAAAGAAAAACAAAAACGAAAAGAAAAGGAACUAGUGACUCCCUUGAUGAUCAUGGAUUCAUCCCAUCAAAGGGAUGAGGUGGUGGUCCUUGGUGCAUUGUGUAAUCACUGGUACAUCCUGCCAUGGAUGUGCUGGAUCAUAGCUUCCUGCCUUACAGCCAGCUUGUGCAUAUAAUCCAUCAGGUACUUGUGCUACUUGGUGAAGUCCUUCAUUCUGACACCGGUGAUUUGUGGUGGUUCCUCCCUUGAUGCUGGCUCCCUGGACAAUGAUCUUAGGCUCCAUGGCCGAGAGAUUGAUUCGUGCAGAUCAGCGGGAACAAACCGUACAUCUGCUUUAGCACAAAGCAUAAUGACCAGUAAAGGAAAAUACCAACUUCGAACUGCUGGAUCAGUAAUGCAUCUGGCCAUCUGCUCCCUGAUUAUACUCACCACAUCAAUGGGAGUAGAGGUGGUGAUGGCAUGAAUGAGCAGAGCUCACUCAUAAGUGACAAUUUGACUGAGCAUGGUGGGCAUGAUGGUUGUGAUAAUGAACUUCAGCCACACCUUAUUCUCAGGCUUAGCCAGGCAUAGUCAAAGGAACCCGGGGCUCCUUCUUUGUUCAAAUCCCAUUCAAGUCCCAUGGGAUUUUCGUUGGGAUGUAGUGCUUCCAAUGCCUUGACAUAGUUUGUCUCCAAAAUUCUAAGGCCAAUAUAUCCCGAAUUGCAGCAGGGGAAAUAUUAGCAUGCCUUCCUUGGACAUACACCACAUCCUAUUCUACAGAUACAAGGUUACUAUAAAAUUCUCGGACCACCUGUAUCCUUGGGCUCCAGUUUGGGGUACAGAGCUUUGUCCAGUUGUGCAGAAGUAUGUACAUCAUCGAAAAAUCCUUGGAAUCGAUCCCCCUCUCUACUAUGACGAGCCUAUUUUGAUUGGUCCUAAAAAGGCCCAAGCUUCGUCGGUGCUAUAGAGGGCAGAAUCUCUUUCGAUUUGCAAAGCCGCCUCCGCCGCUUCUCGUUGCAAUCUACUUGGCUGCCUAGGUUUAGGUGGUGGAGGUUGUGGAACUCCGAUGCGUAGAUGCCUAUUGGUAGUGCGCUUUCUGUCUGACUAAUUUUUGUUCACCAUAUUUUCCUACAAAAAGAUUCGACCUUUUGUCGAAGACAAGUGAGAUCUGAAAAAUUUUUUUAGGUGUAAUUGAGAUGGUUGUUUUUCCGGAAGGGUUUUAAUUAGAAAAAGAUCCGUCUGUCCAGAGGGUCUUCUGGUUACAGGAAGAAGACGGAAGAAGGAAUUAAGAGGGAGGCAAAAGGGCGGAUAGUAAUGACUUUGGGACGUGGGUGUUUCAGUUUUUUAGUUAAAGGCAACAGCUCCCCACGUAUAGUCAUUUCAAAAACAAGAAUGGUUGAUUCCUUUCUGGCCGCCAAAACAUAGUAACCAAAGUCAAAAUUUCCCCCCUCCCCCCAACUUAAAGUAAAGACAGGUUCCCAAAUCCAAAGACUGACUUACGUUCAUUUUCGAAUGCUCAAAAUGACUUACGCAAGUCAGAUCCUGACUUUCUUAAGUGGCCAUCCAAACUUCUCAAAGUGUUAGAUCAUGUUUCCUCGCUUUUCUUCAUAACAUUAGUUAGAUAUUGGUCAUCACUCCUUCCUGUAAUUUGGCUAUUUGUCUCGGUGGAUUUUAUCUACAUUAUAAACAAAAUGAUAGGAGAAAAAGGGUUAUAACAAAAGAUGCUUGGGUUGCUAUCCAAGAAGCGCACAGUUUAUAGUCUUAUGUCAGACUUUGCUGCAAGGUUACUCAAGAUCAUGGAGUGCCAGGGCAUGACUGUCCCGUUCUCUUUCAGAUUGCAUCCCCACAUAUGGCUUCAGCCUUUGUACGUUCACUAAGAAUGUGCUACCAUCCUGCAGAUUGAGCAGUUCCACAGCUCUUUGGCUCAGGAUUUUGUUGAUCUUAAAUGGCCCUCCCCAUCUUGACUUCAAUUUUUCAGGGAAUAGUCUUAGCCUGGAAUUGUAAAGUAGGACUAACUGGCCAACCUCCAGUAGUUUGCUAACCAGCUUCCUGUCAUGAAAUCCUUUGGGCUUCUCCUUGUAGAUCCUGGAUGACUCAUAAGCUUAUUGCCUAAACUCUUCCAAUUCAUUCAACUACAGCAGCCUUGCUUCCCUGCUGAGUUUUGGAUCCAUGUUCAACACUCUUACGGCCCAAUAAGCCUUAUGCUCUAACUCAACAGGAAGAUGUCAUGCUUUCCCAUAUACCAACUUGAAUGGAGACAUGCCAGUUGGAGUCUUGAAUGUAGUCCUAUAUGCCCAGAGAGCAUCAUCAAGCUUUGCAGACCAGUCAGUUCUUGAGAUACUGACCACCUUUUCCAGUAUCUUCUUGAACUCUUUGUUAGACACCUUUGCUUGGCCAUUGGACCGGGGAUGAUAGGAUGUAGAAACCUUGUGCUUAAUGCCAAAUUUAGCCAUCAGCUUGGUGAAUGCUCUAUUACAGAAGUGAGAGCCUUCAUCACUGACCAUCACCCUUUGAGUGCCAAACCGUGAAAAGAUGUUCUUUUUCAAGAACUUUAUCACUGUUUUUGCAUCACUGGUAUAAACUGCCUCAGCUUCUACCCACUUAGAAACAUAAUCAACUGCAAGUAGAAUGUGUGUGUUGCCAAAAGAUGACAGAAAAGGUCCCAUAAAGUCUAUGCCCUACACAUCAAAGAGUUCUACUUCCAAGAUCAUCUCCUGUGGAAAUUCAUUUCUCCAAGACAAACUUCCUGUUCUUUGCCAUCUAUUACAGCUAAGCACAAAAUUUCUAGCAUCCUUAAAUAAAGUAGGUCAAAAGAAACUAGAUUGUAGUACCUUAGCCGCAGUACUUCAGCCUCCAUGUUGUCCUCUGUAGAGUGAGCUAUGACAUUUUUCUAGGAUGGUUGGGGCUUCUGAUUCUCGAAUGCAUCUUUUGAUUAGCUGAUCCUGUAUAAGUAUGGGUCAUCCCAAUAGUAGUUCUUGCAUCAUGAAUGAACUUCUUUCUUUACUGACAGGUCAGUCCCUCUGGUGUGACUCCAGAGACAGCAUAGUUUGUAUAGUCAGCAAACCAAGGCCUCUGAUCAAACACUUGAGCAAGUGCUUCUGUCACUUUCCAAAGUGUUUCAUCAAGGAAUGCUUUUAGCAACAGACUCAAGAUCUUUAGGUGCAUUUGUCUUGAUAGAUGGCCAGCCACCUGGUUCUAGAUGCCUUUCCUGUCCUUGAUCUCCAGGUCGAAUUCUUGCAGCAAGAGCAUCCAUCUAAUGAACCUUGGUUUUGAAUCUUUCUUUAUGGCCAGAUAUUUGAUGGCUGCAUGAUCAGUGUAUACAAUGACUUUCAUCCCUAAAAAGUAGGAUCUAAAUUUAUCAAAUGCAAACACUAUCGCCUGCAUUUCUUUCUAUAUGGUUGAGUAGUUAACUUGAGCUGCAUUCAAAGUCUUGCUUGCAUAGUAGAUGACAUGCAACACUCUGUUUCUCCUUUGACCUAGCAGAACUUCAACUGCAAAGUCACUGGCAACAAUCAUUACCUAAAAUGGCUGACUCCAAUUAGGUGUGACUAUCACAGGAGCAGAAAUAAGCUUCUUUUUGAGCUCCUCAAAUGCCUUGAUCCAGGGUUCAUCAAAGAUGAAUGCACCGUCCUUCUCUAGAAGAUUACGCAAAGGCUUACAUAUGUUUUAGAAGUUCUUGAUGAAUCUCCUGUAAAAGCCUGCAUGGCAAAGGAAACUUCAUUUUUAAAAUUCUUAAAUUUUGGUUAAAAUUUGAAAUAUUCUCAUUAUAUUUUUAAAAUUUGGUUAAAUAACACACAUGUAUCCUUCAUUUUAAGUUUUGAAUUUCCAAUUAGUACAAAUUAAAUAUAUAUGACAAAAUUAAAUAUUUUACUUCGUGAGUUGAUUAUAAUGGUAAGAUUAAUACCCUAAUUAAUCAAUAAUAUUUCCUGACUCAUAACAUUCUAUUCACAUGAGGGAUAUAAUGUUAAAAUUUCAAAGUCAGAUCUAAUGUAAUUCGUGCAAACCUCAUAAUUUUUUUAUUAUUAAAUUUAUAUAAUGGUUACAUAUUAUUAAAUAAUCCCAACAUUAUUACAUAUUAUUCAAUUAGAGAAUUUGAAAAGUGAAUAAUCUUUUAACUAUUAUCUUGGAAUCAAUUAUUUUACUAAUAUGAUUAUGUGCUGUAAAAUUAGAAAUUUUUUUAACAUUUUUAAUUGAUUGAGAUGUUUUAUGAAAAGAAAAAUAAUAAUUGAGAUGUGGUCAACACAAAUUAUUUUUUUUUUUUAAAAAAGAUGAACAUAAAAGUCAUUAAAAUGGUAAGCAUUGCGUAUCAAUAUAGCAGAUCUUAUAACAAUACAAAGUAAAUUAGAUUGAUAUGUAAUUUAUCGUCUCGAACGAUUGUACUAAAAGCGAAAAUUCAAAUUGAACUGUUAUUUUGGAACAAAGAGAAUCUAUGUUAGUUGUUAAAAUUUAUACUUAAUCCUAUUAUUUAUUUCUACAAUAUAGUACUAAUAUGAACUAAAAAUAAAAAUUUAAAGUGGGACAAUCAUUUCGAGACACGUAAGAUUAUUAGACAUAUAUAUUGCUUUGCUAUACCAUAAACCGGUUAAACCUCAACCCAAUCUAUCUCCAGCGAACAAUAUAACAUGGAAAAAGUUGGAGGGUAAAUUUGUCAAACACAGAUGGAAAGCUCAUCACUGGCGGAGGAAAUAACACUCGACGAAACUGACCCUCCGUCGCCUUCUCCGUCACGGUCGCCGCCGGCAGAAAGUAAGGAAAUCGACCGAGUGGUGGAAAGGCUGGUGAGGGGCGGGAGCUUAGAGGCGCAAAUAGAAGCCGCGAAAGACGUCCGGAGGCUCGUCCGGAGGUCCAAAUCUUCUUCGAAAGUUCGUUCUCGUUUAGCCGCCGCUGGUGUCAUUCAGCCGCUCGUUUUCCUUCUUCAUCAACACUCAGCCCGUGAGGCUGCUCUGCUUGCGCUCCUCAAUCUCGCCGUCCGCAAUGAACAGUUCGUCCUUUUCCCCUCUAUUUCUCAUCUUUCCUCGAUACUCAAAAUUUAAUUCACUUUUUUCUUUAAUUUGUCCUAAUAAUUUUUCAACUGCUUGCGAUAAUGCCGCCGAUCCCUCUUCUGUGUUUCCUGGAACGAUUUUAUGUGCUGAUUCAAGAACUUUGAGAAACAUACUGACAUUUAUGUUCCCAUCCUUCUGACUUAUUUGACUGUGCUUGACUAAAAUGCUAAGCAAGAAGUGUGUUAGGACUCGAUUGGGAAGCUGGAAUGUUUUGAUAAACCUAGUAUAAGGAACUGACAUGGGUGCUUGGGCUGAAAUUUUCAUGUGAUCUUUGAUUGCCUGUUAUGAGAAGAUCAAGUGUCAUUCCUUAUUAUAUAUGUUGUGCUCGGUGUAAAGAAUCAUUAGUCAAUCACAUUCAUUGUUCGGGUGGUAAUGAUUGGUGGAAACACUCAUGACGCGAUGAUUUAUAGACCGAGGAAACAGUGUCACAUUUGAAAGUUGAAGCCUAGCUCUUGGGGAUAUAGCUGAGCCACACAUCUAAGGUGUAGCAAUUUGUCGAGUGCGUAACCGCAAUUACUAACCUAAAUAUUGAUUUCUGUGUUUAUUAUUUUACAGCAAGGAUUAUUCCUAUGCUUGAAUGUAUGGUUUCUGUCCUCGGGGAAGUACCCUCGUUUUAUCAAAACUUUACAGCCACGGUAGCUUUGGCAGAGAUUUAACAGAAUAUGUGACAACAGUUGCUGAUAUGGCUUGACCUCUGGUGUUUAUGAACUUCUAAAGUUUUGUUUGCUCUGACACUUUGUAGUGUUUGAUCCUUAGACAUUUUUGUGGGGAAAAGUGAGCUUUUAGCAUUUAGGUUUUCCAACUAAAGGAAGAUUUAGGUUGGCUCUUGAGAAUGUCAGAUUAAUGGAAGUCUAAGCAUAUACAAUGGCUGUGAAUGACGAUAAUGUCUGCAGAAAAGUGUAUGGCAUCAUUUACUUAUUAAUUAACUGGUGUAUCCAUAGGAUGGUUCUCCAAUUAAGAGUAUCCAUUUCUGUUGAUAUUAUUCUAGGGAUUAGGGUGUCUCUUGUAAACUGCUGAAACCAUUGAGAUGUUUGUGAGCAAGGAUAGAGAUACUUGUUCUGUUAUAAGAAGCUCUCUGACUAAUAGAUGUGCCUGCUUACUUUUAUGUUAUUCAUAUCAAUGAUGUCAAUUCGAGAAGGAUGUCUGUGUCACGAUCUUGUUAGUGCCCGAAUGGUUGCUAUUAGACUCCAUAGCUUUUGGAUUACAGUAUACCCCUUGGCUUUCGGAGAGAAUUAUUUUAAGAAGAAACUAUCCACUGUGGUUUACUCUUUCUUCUUGUUCUUUUUUUUUUUAAGUUUAUUUUCUUGCACGUUUAUGAAAGAGUGCUUUUGGAAGUGGAACUGAGGGUAAAGAUGUUCUCUUGAAAAAGAUUAUAGUAGGUUCCUCCCACACUCGUACUAACCCUUAUAUUUCAAUAGCUUCUGAUGAGAUACAAUUGUUUUUCUUUGGUGGUUUUAUCCCAUUUGGUAAGUCUCGUAAGCAUAACAGGAACUAGGAGAAAUGAAAGUUUCUUUAAACCAAAAAUUGUGAAAAUAAAUGAAGGUUCUGCAGGCAUAUUUUUGGUAUUACUGAGGCAUUGUAAGUUGAUAUAAGUGCGAGUUUACAUGACCACCAUGGCAUGGUUAAUGAUUGACCUUUUAGGCUCAGAGGUAACCCGUUUACAAUCCUUUCUGUGCUUCCAAUGUUGCUUGGUUAAGUAUUUGAUCAUGCCUAAAGGGUUCUUAGAUAAAAAGCGCUGUCCUUUGCAUAGAAGCUUCCCCAUGUGUAGGACCUGGGAAAGAUUGGGCCUUCAGGUCCUAUUGUUGACAACUUUAUCUGCGUGUCUGUAAAAAUUUGUUUCCUCAUCUCGAAGAUAUGUCCUGGGGUUUCAUAUGAACAGCUCUUACUGUUGGGCCGAGGCUCUCUUUCGCAUGGUCAUUAGAAUCGUCCACGGAAUCAGCUUUGGAUAGAAAAAUAUUGAAUAUUUAUUGGUUUCGACGUUGUGUCCCUCCUUUUUCAGGGUUUUAGAUUUUGAUUUUUUUAAGACUAUUUUUGAAAUAUGCUUUUAUCUUCAUUUACAUUUAUAGAAGGUUGUGGUUUAAACAUGACCAUCAAUUCUUUUUCCAACAUUUUCUUGUUGAUCUUCUUUAAGUAAUAUUAUGCAAUUUACUAUUUUAAUGGCAAUUUGCUUAAAGUUUCUGAUGUCUUGUUAGCUCAUGUUUUCCUAUUUAUUUACAUAUUACAGAAACAAGGUCACUAUAGUUUCAUCAGGUGCCAUUCCUCCUCUUAUUGGGCUGUUGAAAAUAGAAUAUGGAAACUUAAGAGAAUUAGCAACUGCAACUAUCUUAUCAUUGUCAGCUGCCUCUGAUAAUAAGCCCGUGAUAGCAGCUUCUGGAGUUGCCCCACUUUUAAUGCAUGUACUCAGAUCCGGAAGUCUUCAAGGAAGAGUUGAUGCUGUCACAGCACUUCACAAUCUAUCUACAAGCAAAGAAGAACCGAAAAUAGUUCUUGAUGCUGGAGCUGCUGCACCUCUGAUAAACCUUCUUAAAGAAUGCAAAAAAUACUCAAAAUUCGCUGAGAAAACAUCAUCCCUGCUUGAGAUCCUUUGUCAUUCUGAAGAAGGAAGGACAGCAAUAACUAAUGUAGAUGGCGGAAUAUUAACCCUAGUAUUGACUGUUGAAGAGGGAUCUCUUGUCAGCACAGAACAUGCAGUUGGUGCAUUACUAUCCUUUUGCCAAAGCGACCGAAAAAAGUAUAGGGGACUUAUCCUUAACGAAGGCCCCAUUCCAGGUCUCUUACGGCUUACUGCAGAAGGUACAUCCGAAGCUCAGAAUAGAGCCCGGUUACUUCUUGACUUGCUUAGAGAAUGUCCUGAAAAGAGGAUGUCAUCUACUGUAUUUGAGAGAAUAGUGUAUGAUUUUGCUACACAAGUUGAUGGAACCGACAGAGCGGCUGAAACAGCAAAGAGACUAUUGGAAGACGUGGUUCAUAGGAACAUGGAUCAGUUAAAGGUCUCAUCUUGUACUAAUUCUCAUGAUUGAUCUUUCAAAAACCACUUUCAUUAUUUGAAGAUCUGGCAUCUGCUUUACUAGCCUCAAGUUUCCACCAAUAACGAGAAGCGAGUUGGUUUGAAGAUCAGGUCUUUCCGUCGUUGCAAAACCACUUGGCUGGAAGACCAGGUUCAUAUUUUUGCGAAUCUACCGUAACAUGGUCAUCCAAGAGAUUGAAACUGCAUAGUAGACUUACUGAAAAUUAGAUAGCGGAAUGUAGCACUGCAUUUUUUAUCCCUUUUCUGGUGAUUUUUUGUUACCUUGCAGGGGGAUUUGUAUUGUACAUCUCUGAUUUAGAUCUCUCGCACGUUUUUAGAGAUCAUUAAUCAUUUUGUAUAUUUUUGGUUAGUUUCAGUUGUAAACAAGGCAAGGGAAUGCCUCCUUAAACCUGAACAAGACGACAGGUUGUAGAGUUAGGUUGUGUACACAUGACCACAUUAGAAAGACCUCCUUGUUCAAUUGUCAUGUUCUAUCUCUUUCUUCUUUGAUUGCAGAACAAGAGGAUAUUAUUAAAGACAAAUACAAAUCAAAUUACAGAAAAUCCUAACAUCCAAGCAAUUUUAAUUCUCAACAACCAUGAAAAAAGAAAAAGGGCAAAAACGAAAACGUUUGAUAAGCUAAAACCAAAUUAGCGUCCGAAGAAGAAACCACGACUUUUAGCUGCUUCUUCAGCCUUGAUCUUUCCAAUCUAAGCUCGUUUUCCUCAUUUUUUCCUCUCUCUCCAGCCACAAAUUCUCUUACAAGGCUUGCAACUUUC